UUGGUUGCCGCGGGAGUCAGUCAGUGGAAGGGGGCCGGCGUGGGUGAUGCAGGGGAAGCAGAAUGUGAGAGCAGCUGAGGCAGGUGGCUGUCAGUGAGAGUAGCCGGCUGUCAGCAUGGAGCUGAUCACUGAGGUGUCCGUACAGUUCGCCAGCCUGUCUAUGUUCCCUGUAUUCGAUGGCGCUCACUACUUGGUGUCUGUGCUGUCAGCUAGAGAGCAGGAAGGAGCUGUCGCUGUGGCAUCUCGAAGCCCUAUGGCCUCCUGGUUCAGUGCCAUGCUAUACUGCUUUGGUGGAGGAAUUUUAUCUUCUAUAAUGCUAGCUGAGCCUCCCGUGGCUGUCCUUUCCAACAGCACUAACAUCAUUUUUGCAUCUAUUAUUUGGUACACGGUGUAUUACUUUCCUUCGGAUCUAUUCUACAAAUGCUUCUGCUUCUUACCUCUCCGAGUCAUUGCUGCUGCAAUGAAGGAAGUGACCAGGACUUGGAAGAUUUUGUCUGGAGUUACACAAGCAAAUAGUCGUUUUAAGGAUGCCUGGCUAGUCAUGAUUGCCAUUGGCUGGGCAAAAGCUGCUGGAGGUGGCCUGAUAUCUAACUUUGAGCAACUUGUGAGAGGAGUCUGGAAACCAGAGAACAACGAACUUCUCAAGAUGUCCUACCCUGUAAAAAUUAGUUUAGUUGGAGCCAUUUUGUUCACAUUGCAACAUUUGGAGCUACUCCCAAUUGCAAGAUACCACCUCAUGUUUAUCUACACCAUCUUCUUGAUAACUGCAAAGGUUACAAUGAUGCUGACAGGGUCCUCUACCUCUCCAUUUAAACCGGUUGAAGAGGUAAUGGGUCGCUGGCUGUUUGGCUUGAAGCAAACCCAAACAGCAAAUAAAGAACAAGUCCCAGCAGGCGAUAAAAGGGCACCAACCAUAAAAGGGAAACUUGCCAAGGAAGAUGUGAGAGAAAGCGGUGAGCCCAGUGACACAACAAGGAAGAGGCCCGCUAAGAAGAGUGAAUGAACCAAUGCUAUAACACUACAUAAGUGUUGUUUCAACGGUUUGCUGCCAACUAUAGUUACUGUAUAAAAUUGAGCCAAUGUGAGUUAAAUAGGUUUAUUAAUAUUCUUUACAGAAGUGCUGUGUUUUUACAUUUGAUCAAAUACAUAUUGCAAAUGAGCACAUGAAACUCCUGUAGUAAUGUAUAGUCCUAACACUUUUAAGUGGACACAGAGCACACUUUCAGUUGUCACACAUUUGCCCACUGAAAGAGUAGUGUGUUAAGCUGGUCAUACAAGCUCAAGGCCGGGCACAUACACAUUCUCUCUUGAGAGGAGAUUCAGGCAUUUAAAAGCAACCUGAGAACAGAUGUUUACUGCUAAUUACUGUUGUCCUAAGGAAAAACCUACUUCUGCACUCUCAUACAGUAUGUCAUUAUUGUUAUUUCUUAUUGAAUGGGUCUCUAGUGAGGUGUGGGGUUUUAUAUAUAGAGUAGUUUGAGUCUUUUCACAAGCAAUCAUUCUUGUUGUAAUCAGCAGUGUGAUCAUUUCAGCACUAUAGAAUAUAGUUCCAAAUAGUUUGUUUUCAAAGUUGGAUACACUUGAUAAAUAUUUAUCUAUAAUUUUAUUUAUGCACUUAUUUUUCUAUAUUUCCUAAAAAACAUAAAUGCAUUUUAGUUUUCUAAGUUAUUGUUAUUGAUAUUCUCACCAUGGUGUAAGGUGUUUGAUGAUAGUACUUUUAAUGUACAAAAUGUGACUUUUCUAAAAUU